AUGGUAGUUGGUGGUAAUCGGAAGUGUCCGGACACUGAUGGCAAGUGGAUUGUAGAAACCGCAGUUCUCCAGCACAUGAUGAGUCAAGUAGGAGAUGCGACGUAUGAAUGCCCCGAGUGCCAGAAGAGUUUUACAGCCAAGUCAAGCCUCAGAACUCACCAGAGGGUUCACACGGGAGAGAAACCAUUUAAAUGUCCGCAGUGUGGCAAAUGCUUCUCAAGAAUCCACCAUCUUGCUCGUCACGAAGUAGUGCACACGGGAGAGAAGCCUUUUUCGUGCUUCGAAUGCACACGAUUGUUUCCAACCAAAGAAUCGCUAAGCAGACAUCAGAGGGUUCACACUGGGUUGAAGCCAUUUAUAUGUUCAGAAUGUGACAAGUGCUUCUCUCUCUUCGCUAACCUUGCUGCACACCAGAGGACUCACACAGGAGAGAAGCCUUUCCGAUGUUCAGAGUGUGAUAUGUCCUACAGAGAAAUCGGUCAUCUUAUUCGGCAUCAAAAGGCCCACACGGGAGAGAAGCCAUAUACAUGUUCAGAAUGUGACCUUGCCUUUGCAAAUAAGGUACAUCUUGCUGUACACCAGAGAAUCCACACUGGAGUGAAACCAUUCAGGUGUUCUGAGUGUGGCAAAUGCUUCAAGCACAAGCAGCCGCUUGCUAUACACCUCAGAGUGCACACAGGAGAGAAGCCAUAUUCAUGCACUGAAUGUAGUAAGAGUUUUAGGUCAAAAUCAUCUCUGAUCCAGCAUCAGAAGCUUCACAUCGACGUCCAGAAUGUCACAAGUGUUUAA